AUGGCAACCGAGGCCCACUGCGCAUACUGCUUCGAGUCGCUCGCCGCCUCGCUGGAAAAGCGACCUGCCCUAUCCCUGCGCCAAGUCGAGGCCCUCUGGAAGAAGUACAAUGCUUCAUCCACCACCACCGACACCGUUGAAGCCGACGCUGAUCCACCUGCCAAACCCGCCGCCAUAUCGCGCCUCCUGUCGCCGGCAAGCGGCAGUUCGUCUAGCGUAGCGUCCACACCUAGCGGUUCUACAAUCAGCGGUGCCAGCAGCGCAGGGACAAGCGAAGACCAUCCACUAUUCGUGACGUGGAACGCCAUGUCGCGAAGCGGGGAUAAGAGACUAAGGGGUUGUAUCGGGACGUUUGAGCCGUUGGAUCUGGAGGAGGGCUUGGGCAGUUAUGCGUUGACUAGUGCGUUCGACGACACACGCUUCACCCCCAUCACCUCACGCGAACUCCCCUCCCUCCAAUGCGCCGUCACGCUGCUCACAAACUUCGAGCCCACCCCCAAUUCCGACCCUUUGGCCUGGGACAUCGGGACGCACGGCAUACGGCUCUCGUUCACAUACCACGGGCGCCGGUACGGGUCGACAUACCUGCCAGACGUAGCACGAGAACAAGGGUGGACGAAAGAGGAAGCGCUGGCGAGCCUGAUGCGCAAGGCGGGGUGGAGCGGGAGGAAGGAUGAUUGGCAGAAGGUGGGGCUGAAGGUUAUAAGGUAUCAGGGGAAGAAGGUGAGUUUAGAGUAUAAUGAGUGGAAGGAGUGGCGGGAGUGGGUGGAGGAGGAAAUGGCUGAUAAGUAGACGGGUGCAUGAUUUGACGAUAUCCAUGAUAGAUCUAGCAAGGCGUCAUGUGGCGUACCUAGACAC